UUUUUUCUAUCAUAAACUGGUAGAUUCCAAUACCUCGGAGUUCGAGGACGUCGAGGAUAACCCCACCACCACCGAACAUGUACGGCGGAGCCGCCUCCAAGCUGGGCCGCGCCGCCCACAAACGCCCCCACUCCUCAUUUCCCCGUCCUCCGCCACCUCAGCAUCGAUCAGCUCCUUCCUCCGCCGGCCGCCGCCCCUCGGUCGGCGGCUCCGCCCGUGGAACGCCGCCGGCGGUGGAAGAGACGUUCAACCUGGUUUCCGGAAGCAACCCCGUCGCCUUCUCCAUGAUCAUAAGAUUGGCGCCGGACCUCGUGGAAGAGAUCAAGCGCGUGGAGGCACAGGGUGGCACGGCGCGUAUGAAAUUCGAUUCCAACCAGCAUAAUCCCAACGGAAAUAUUAUUAAUGUUGGUGGGAAGGAGUUCAGAUUUACAUGGUCGAGGGAUGGUGACCUUUGUGACAUUUAUGAAGAACGCCAAAGUGGUGAAGAUGGAAAUGGUUUGCUUGUUGAAUCUGGGUGUGCCUGGCGCAAGCUGAAUGUACAGCGUAUCUUGGAUGAGUCCACUAAGAAUCAUGUCAAAAUGAGGUCAGAGGAAGCCGAACGCAAGCUGAAGUCGCGCAAAGCCAUUGUCUUAGAGCCUGGAAACCCGUCUAUGAAGAGCCAGAUAAAGGCAUUAGCUGCUGUUGAAGCUACACCGUGGAAGAAUUACAAUAAAAAGAAAGAAGCUGCACUUAAGAAAAGGAAAGUCGAAACUCUUCAAGUUGGAGGCCCUCCAAAAUCUUCCCAUAGAUCUGGAUUGAAUUCAACAAGUACUACUAUCAAGGGCAGACAUCCUUCUCCUCUUCCGUCUCCACCAGACCUUCUUGCUGCUUCAUCCUCUCCCAUGAAAGCUGUAAAUAUCUCUAAGAGCGUUGAUGAUGCUGCACCGACACAAAUGACUGGCAAGCAAGAUACUAAUGUUGUCUCCGAGAAACAAAUUUCUGCCAGGAAAAACAAUGCUAUGAGGAACACACCAGGAGGCAAAAGAAAUAAUGGAUCUAAACCAGUAGAUUUGCAGGACAUGUUAAUUUCUAUUCUAAAGGAUAAACCUAAAGGAAUGACAUUGAAGGCCUUGGAGAAAUCUGUUGGUGACGCACUUCCGAAUUCGAUGAAGAAAAUUGAGCCCAUUAUAAAAAAAAUUGCAACGUACCAGGCCCCGGGAAGGUAUAUUUUGAAUUCAGUACUGGAUUUGGAAAGCUCCAAGAAACCUCAGACUGAAAUUGGAAGUUCUCCUGAUGGAAAUCAUAGCCAGAUUCCUGCUCGUGAAGAGUUUCAUGAUCAGACAUCAGCUCCACAGGGAGACUUCAAAGAGAUGGUCCCAAAUGACAAUAUGGAGGAACCGGUGCUAGUAAAAUCCAAAGUGGAAGAAGAAUCAAACACAGUGGAAAAAAUUGAUGCCCAACAUAAUUCACCUGAUAUCUUUGGUGACAAAAAAGUUUCUGAUCACAGCGAAGGGCAGGCAGGCAGCUCUAGUGAUAGUGGAAGUGACAGCGAUAGUGGAAGUGACAGCAGCGAUAGUGGAAGUGACAGUGGAAGCCAUAGUAAAAGUCCUGCUGGAACAGGGAGUGGGAGUAGUAGUGACAGUGAAAGUGAUGCAUCUUCCAGCAGCAAAGAGGGACUGGAGGGUUCUGAUGAGGAUGUAGAUAUUAUGACUAGUGAUGAUGAAAAAGAGUCAAAGCACAAAACCGAAGCCUGUGAUCAAAGGGUGUCAUAUCCCAUUCCAGUAAAAUCUCCGGAGGGAAGAUCUAUGCAGAUUGAUGGUGAUGAGAAGCAGGAUGGUAAUGAAUCUGAUGUAGUUGAGAUUGAAAAAGACUUACCUGAGGAACAGGAAGCUGAAAAGGCCCCAACUAUGGCUACAAUUUCUGAUAAAGAUGAAAAACGUGCAGAAGAGAGAAAACCUCUUUCACCUGAUUAUCAACAGCUCCAGGAGCGCCAAAAAAUUAUAGGAAGUUUGUUUGAUGAAAAGGAAAAUGAAGUCAAAGAUAGCUCUAGGCACGAACAGUCUGAUAGCUCUGAUAGGUUAUCUAAAGGUAAACAUAAGAGAGGUUCUGAUGUGAAAAACAUUGAUGAGAAAUCUGAACGUACAAAGAGGUUGAAAGCUGGAAACUUGAGUCACCAACCAUUUUCUCCUAGUAUGGAUGUGCAGAUGUUGGAUAAUUCUCUGAAUUUGUCUCCUGCCGAAUUUAUUGAUGGCACUUGCAAGGUCCCAACCAUACAAAUGGUGAAUAGAGCUGAUAGACAAGGAAAUUCCAGUGUUGGUUCACAGAAAGGAUACAAUCGAGCAUUUCCAGGAAAAUCUACUACAGAUUUACCACAAACAGGUCAAAGGUCCUUUGACCAAACCUCUCUAGGAAACCCUUCCUUCCCAUGGGAUAAAUCAGAUAAACAUGGUGAAAGCAUAAGGCACAGCAGAAAACAAUCAGGAAAGGACUUUCAUGCGCGUGAAGUUUCUUCUGUGCAGAGAGAGAAAUCUCAUACAGAUGCCCAAAAUGAUGAUAUUCAUACCACUGAGAAAAAAGUUCCCAGGAAUUCCAGGAAUGGUAAUAAUGGAAGUAAACAUUCACUAUCCAUGGAUUCUCAUUACAAAAAACAAGGUGAAAUGGUUGGUAAGUUAAAGGACAGCCGGCAAGGUACUCAGUCACACUUGGGAACAUCACCUAAGGACAAGAACAGAGCUGGUCUUGAUAAAUCCCCUGCAAUUAAUGGGCGAGGUAUCACUCUUCAAAGAGAGCUUUCAGACUUGGAGUUGGGUGAACUUCGUGAGUCUACUCCGGACGAAACCCAAGCCUCAAAGCAAUUUGAUAGAAAAGGUUCAUUUAAACAUUUGGAAAACAAAGCAAACGCUUCAGAGGACAGGAAUUCAGAUAUUACUAAAGUAAAACCUUCAUUGAAAGCAACUUUAGAUGCAGGAAAGCCAUCCUCAGCCUUUGUAAGUUCUGGUUUUCCCAGCAAUUUGGAAAACAUGAAUAGAAAGAACUCAGAUAAUAAUUUUGAAGACUCAACAUGGUCUCGUUCUAGAGUUCUGCAGGCUCAUUCACAACAUGUGAAAGUAGAUCCAGUGGAAGUUGGAUCUCAAAACAAAUUGGAAGAAAUGAGUAGUAAAUUCAGAAAUAAUGAAUCUGGGGUGAGCCAAGAUGUUUAUUUGGAAGGUCGCGGUGAAAGCAAUAGAAGAGCACCUGGAAAUGCAUCUAAACAGCAAGACACUACACGUGGAAUAGUUUCCUACCCUGUGAAAGAAAGUAAAAGACAGACACCUAAUUCAUUGGAAGAGAUGGCUGAUGGAGGAAAGGAUUCAGUGUUUCCAGAUAGAAAUAAUAGCGAUCAAAAGAAGAGAGAAUCGUCUUCAGAUGAAAAUAGUUGCUCUUAUUCAAAAUACGAAAAGGAUGAACCUGACUUGAAGGGACCUGUUAGGACCUUUUCCGAAUAUAAAGAAUAUGUUCAGGAGUAUUGUGAUAAAUAUGAAAGUUAUAGCUCCUUGAACAAGAUUUUAGAGAGUUACAGGAGUGAUUUUCAGAAACUAGGCGAGGAUUUAGCAUAUGCUAAAGCCAGGGAUACGGAUAGAUAUUAUGACAUCUUGGGGCAGCUGAAGGAAUCCUAUGGACGUUGUGGAACGAGACAUAAGAGACUGAAGAAAAUAUUUAUUGUGCUUCACAAGGAACUGGAGCAUCUUAAACGAAGGAUCAAAGACUUUGGACACACUAAUAAUUAAGAGAAAAAACAAGAUUAGAUGAUUUCUUGUGUAGAUUGCAGUCUGUUUAUCAAGCUUGAGAACUUUUGGGUGAUGCAUGAAGCAAAGUUGAGUGGAUGAUUUAUUAUGUUCAUUGGAUAUUCUCUAGCAUUUAAUACAAUUCUUGGUAGAGCCGUACAUUUGUACAAAAAUUUAAAUUUUUGGAUAAUGCUUUUGUGCAUAGGUCUGGCAUUUUUUUUUUUUGGUUUAGCCUGACCUUCAUUUUGUUUCCAUGUCCCCAUAAAUUGUAUUUUUAUUUUAUCUCUUUGAACAAGUUCAGCU